UUAUGAACGCAUUUUAACCUAAAAAAAUAUUUGACGUUUGUCUCGUGACAGACAAUAUUGAAAUUAACUAAAAUUGGGCAAUAUUGUUUAGCAAUGAGAGCGUUUUUAUGAAUGCAUUGUGCUAAAUAAAAUGUUUGAACAUUCAGUCAAGGUACCAAGACAUUACAAAAUUGCUGCUAAUAUCUUUAAGAAAGUUUCUACUGAAGGCGGCAGCGUUAAGACUUUGUUGUACGACGAUAAACUUCGGCAUUUCAGGACGAAUGUGCUUUAUGCACUGAUAACAGAAACAAUCAAACAUGCAAGUCACAUAAACAAAAUAUUUGAGAACAGUAAAAUAUUAGAAAACGAAUCACGUUUAGACCCAUGGCUAGCCAAAAUUCUGACAGCAGAACUCCUAUUCGGCAAAAAGGCUCUACCUGGCAAAAGCAAGCCGGAGCAAACAGUCCUCUCGUACAAAGAACAGUUUGAGAAAUUUUCAUCUGAACACAAAGACGACUUCGAGACUAAAGUUGCUCCUAGACCUAGGUAUGUUCGUAUCAACACCAAUCUUCUUACAACAUCCGACGCGAUCAGAGCGUUCCAAGAUGAGGGGUACCGCUUCAUACGGUGCACGUCAGGAUCCUAUGCGGACUACUUGGAACAGAUACAAAAGCUGACUGAAGAAGAUUUCACACAGGACUACCACGUAAAGACCAUGUUCGUAUUUGCAGCUGGAACCAAACUCCAUGAACAUGAAUUGUAUUUGGAAAAUAAAAUUAUUCUCCAAGAUAAGGCGACUGCCAUGGCUGUACAUCUGCUAGCUCCUCCUCCGGGCAGCGUAGUGUUAGACAUGUGUGCUGCACCCGGCAUGAAGACAACGCAAUUGGCGGCCUACUUAAGAAACAAUGGUCGAGUUUACGCAGUAGAGAGAAAUGAAAAGAGGUACCAAGUCCUAUGCGAUUUUGUUCACAAAACUGGGUCUACAUGUGUUGAGGCCUUGCACAAAGACGCUCUGGAAAUCAAGAAGGGAGACUUGGACAGUGUCGAGUACAUUCUUCUAGAUCCAAGCUGUUCUGGAUCAGGUAUGGACUUCUGCGUUCACAGCUACAUAGAAAGCUCAAGACUCGCCAGACUAACAUCGUUACAAGAGAAAUUCUUGAAACACGCCAUGAACGCCUUUCCUAAUUGCAAGCGAAUUGUAUACAGCACUUGUUCCUUAUACCCAGAAGAGAACGAAAGAGUAAUAACAAAUGUGGUGAAGACCUCUAGAGCAAAGUGGAGGGUCCAAGAUGUGAAAGAACUAUUAAAAGGCCAGUGGAACAACUUUGGUUCAGGUAUGUACGGUUCUAUAGGUACCAGAUGCCUGUACUCUAGACCAGACUCCGAUUACACUACUGGAUUCUUCUUAGCGGUUCUCGAUAGGGACCAGAAAGACAUGGAGAAAAGUUUGAAUGCUGAAAAGCAAGCGCAGAAGCAAUGGCAAGCGGUAAAUAAAGCGAAACCGCAAAAUACGGAAGCAUUAAACGAAGAUGACAAUAAAAAUGGAUUUAAUGAAGAACACAAUGAAAGCAGUCAAGACUUCACUGAAGAAAUUGUCGAAGAAAAAUCAAAAUCUAAAAAGAAGAAACAUAAAUCGGAACAUAAUACCGAUGAAAAUAAAGAAACUGAUCAGAACGAAGUUAAAGAAGCUGAGAUAACAGAUGAAGCUCCAAACAAGAAGAAAAAGAAACGUAAAACUGAUAAAAAUAAUGUAGACAAUGUUAUAGAUCAAUUGGACGAUUUAAGCGUGGAAUGUGAACAAGAGGUCCUUAAAAAGAAAAAGAAGAAAAAAGAUAAACAGACAGAAAAUCAAUCAAAUGAACCAAAUAUGUUAAUAGAUAUUUCCGACACUAACGGAGAUACUCAAGAACAUAAAAAGAAAAAGAAACGAAAGAAAGAUUUAGAAAAUGUGGAUGAUGGAGAAACUGAAACUGAAAUUAAGGAAAAGAAAUCCAAAAAGAAUGAUUCACAAGAAUUAGAAAUGGACAAUGCAGAAGAAUUAGAAUUGGAAGUGCCUAAAAAGAAAAAGAAGAAGAAAUCUAAAGGCGAUUGAUGUUUAAGCUGCGCUUAUAGAUUUUUCUAUGUUUUUUAUUACUUUGUGUUAAU